CAGCCCCGCUAACCAAUGGAAUUCCGCAGCGGGCGGCGGGAGGCGGGCUCUUUCCGCCGCCGUGGCGUGGGGCGGGACAGGRGAGGUAUUGGUGUCAUGGCCGCCGCCGCUGGCGCCGCGUCCCCGGCAGACAAGGAGAGAUUCAUCUGCAUUUAUCCAGCUUAUUUGAAUAACAAGAAAACGAUUGCAGAAGGAAGGAGGAUACCUAUAGACAAGGCUGUUGAAAAUCCCACAUCUACAGAAAUCCAAGAUGUAUGUGCAGCAGUAGGAUUCAAUGUGUUAUUAGAGAAAAACAAGAUGUAUCCCAGAGAGUGGAACAGAGAYGUGCAGUACAGAGGAAGAGUACGAAUCCAGCUCAAACAGGAUGAUGGCAACCCUUGUUUACCUCAGUUUCCAACACGUAAAUCAGUGAUGCUGUAUGCUGCAGAAACCAUUCCCAAACUGAAAACAAGAACUCAAAAGAUGGGAGGCAGUGAUCAAAGCCUUCAGCAAGGCGAGGGAGGCAAGAAGGGUAAAGGGAAGAAAAAGAAAUAAGCUGGCAUCUGGAAUCGUUGUUACAUCACAUAGUUUUAUUGCAACCAGAUGGACACCUUGCUSCAACUUUGAAGUGAAGAUACAAGCAAGAAGUGAACAGG